AUGGCACCCCGGGUACAAAGCCGCUUGUCAAACACUCUCCUUCCCUACAUCACAUCUCCAUCCACAAUUCCCAUCUCCAUUCAAUCACUAUGUCCUUCCAUACACUCCACUUCUCGGCAAUUCUCCGCUACGGCUGCUCCUCAAACAAAGCUUCGCCGGCAAAUGUUCGAAUGGCUCAACACCGAAGGAGCUGCCCUAAAACAUCACAUUCCUGGCGAGACAAAUUAUUUGAGAGGACCUCGUGAUAAUGAUACAUCUGAUAUCGCACGGCCGUUCCCCAACAACCGAAAUUUUAUUAGCGAGCCUGUUCUGAGCGAAGAUCUCCGAAAUGAGAUCUACGUGCGGGUUGCGAAGAAGAAAAACAGUAUCCGUGCUGUUAGUGCCCAAAUGGGUAUCGAUAUGAGGCGCAUUGCUGCUGUGGUUAGGUUGGUAGAGUUGGAAAACAGACAACGGGCACAGGGUAAACCAUUAGCAUUGCCAUAUGCCCAGGCAAUUCAUGAAAUGAUUCCUGUGACUCAACUUGCCGACCAAGGUGAGCGCCAAACAUUCCACGAGCCCAUCAACGACCUACCCGCCCAUCCUACCACUGGCGCUCAGAUUUUCUACCCUGUCCCUGAGUCUCGACCAUUCACUCGUGUAGAUGCGGGUCGUGUGUUCUCCGGUGCUCCGACCUUGGAGAAUGAAGUGGCCGCAAAGAUUUCCCACCCCUCCGACCUCAUCGAUGAUAUUAUUCAGAAGCCUAACUCGAUUGAGUGGGUUGGUAAAGGUGAUAACGCUCGUCAGGUCCUUCAACCUGCUGAUGUGCGUAUCCCCCACCCGCUCAUGGUCAAGAUGGAAAUCGACCGCGUUAAGUAUCCUAAUGAGCGUCGCAUUGUAAUUGAGCGUCAUGCUGAGCGUAUUGCGAAGCAAGAGGCGACUGAACUUGAGCACCGUGAGCGCGCUAAGGCUCGUCGUGAGGAUAAGAUUAAGCAUGUCGAGCCUGAAGGUGGUCGAUUUGACUACCGCAUUCAGAGUGUUGUGUAUACCAAGGAGACCACCGGUGUCGAUGGUCGGGCACCUUGGGCCCCCGGUCAGCGGUACGGUGUACCAGUGAAUGACUGCAAACGCGGCGUGGUUAAGAUCCCAACUCGCGUGGAAGCCUAA